AUGAAUACUGAGAAAAUCGAAAAAUUAGAAAAUGUAUUCCCAUGGAGUGGAGCUGUGCCCACGAAGCUUGGCAUGGAGUGGAUUUUUGUCCAUGGAUGGCACGUUCGCUACCCAUCUCGGAAAUCUCACGUCCGGCGUCAGCGCGCAAUUCCACCGACAAUACCAUUUCCCUGCCAAGACGCUGUGUCCUGGGGCCGAAGUUCACAAAGACCGACCUCUGUCCAUCGCCUCAGACCAGGAGACAUCGACGUAGUAGCUGCAAUAGGAGAUUCACUAGUAGCUGGCAGUGGAGCUUUGGAGGAAUUUGCCCUUGGAGCUUUUGUGGAGUACCGUGGGGUGUCGUGGUGUGCUGGAGGCGACGCUACAUGGCGAGAAUAUUUGACUCUGCCAAACAUUCUAAAGGAGUUCAACCCAAACUUGCGAGGAUACUCGACAGGGACAGGCGAGUGGCUGACUAAGAACGCCAAAUUCAACGUCGCUUUCCCUGUCGCUUCAGAUGAAGAUGCUUUUAAGCAGGCCAAGAUAAUAGUGGCUCGCAUGCGUUCAUCGCCGGAGAUUGACAUGAUGAAUGAUUGGAAGAUGGUCACCAUAUUCAUCGGCGCCAACGACCUGUGUUCGGCAUCUUGUCUCAACCCUGUGUCCUGGUCACCUUCAGCUCACGCCAAGAAGCUGGCGAGAGCGAUCGAUUACUUGCAGAAACAUUUGCCCAGGACCAUAGUUAACUUAGUGCCAGUAUUAGACGUGUCGGUUUCGAUCCGCGUGCUGCGGCCGAUGAUGUGUCGCGUGAUGCACUCGUUCUUCUGCUCGUGCUUCCACCGCGGGGGCGGCGAGCUGCGCGACCUCGUGCGCAUGGCGCGCCUCUACCAGAAGGCGGAGCUGCAGCUGGUGGAAAGCGGUCGCUACGAUACCAAAGACGAUUUUACAGUUGUAAUACAACCCUUCAUGCAGCUGUUCAACGCACCCAUACCGCAAAUCCAGCCCCUCCCGCUCGUCAUACACCAGUCCUACAUCACUCAUGACUGCUUUCACUUCUCGCAGAAGGGUCACGCUUUGGCGGCGAACCUUCUCUGGAACAACCUACUAGAGCCGGUAGGCAACAAGACAGACAACGCCCCCCCAGUUCUCCUCAACUCGUUUAAGUGUCCGACCAGACAGGCUCCAUACAUCUUCACGUACAAAAACUCCAGGAGUUACCUGCGCACCGGCAAACAGGACUACGCUGAUGAUAUCUUCUUAUAG